UGUCCAGUGAGUCUAGAUGCAAUGUGCCACCCGUGCCUGCUCACAAGAACAGUCAGAAGUGCCAACCUUGUCCACAUAGAAGGGGACACGAUGAAGACCAAACAAGUGACUGCCAGAGCCAACAAGGCAGGAGCCCCAGGAACACCACAAUCAGAAAGGUAUGCCCCGGUACUUCAUGGACCCCUCAAGACCCAGACUCAAGCCUUUGUGGAAGCAGAGGUCCUCAAAGCCCCAGCCCCAACAGGCCCAGUACCUGUGAUGACCACGACCCCACUCCAGCCGUGCCUGGUGCCCACCAUAACAAUGAGCAAGACUCCACCCCAGACGUAUCCGGCAGCUGCAUUGACUAAGACCCCACUUCAGUCAUGCCUGGCAUCCAUGAUGAGCAAAGCCCCACCCCAACCAUGCCCAGCACCCACAGCAGCAACAGCCAAGACCCCACCCCAGGUGUAUCCAGCAGCCCCAGUGGCCAAGACCCCACUCCAGUCAUGCCUGACAGCCAUCUUGAACAAGAUCCCAACCCAGCCAUGUCCAGUACCUGCAAUAAUGAUAACAAAGACCCCACCUCAGCCAUGCCCGGCAGCUCCAGUGACCAAGACCCCUGCUCAGAUGCGACCAAUGGUCUCAAUGACCAACACUGCACCCCAAGCACGACUGGCUGCCAUGAUGGCCAAAAUCACACCCCAGAUAUGCCUGUUGACCUCGAUUAUCAAGCCCCCAACCCAGACGUGCGCAGUGUCCAUGAUGGCCAAGACCCCACCCCAGAUGUGCCCAGAGCCUGUGAUGGCCAAGACACCAAUGCAGACAUGCCCGAUGCCUGUGAUGGCCAAGACCCCACCCCAGAUGAGCCCGGUGCCCGUGAUGGCCAAGACCUCGAUGCAGACGUGCCCAAUGCCCAUGAUGGCAGAGAUCCCACCCCAGACAUGCCCGGUGACUGUGAUGGCCAAAACCCUGCCCCAGACGUGCUCGGUUCCCGUGGUGUUCAAGACCCCGCCUCAGACGUGUCCAGUGCCCGUGAUGGCCAAGACCCCACUCCAGACAUGCCCGGUGCCUGUGAUGGCCAAGAUCCCACCACAGAUGUGCCCAGUGCCUGUGAUGGCCAAGAUCUCACCACAGACUUGCCCAGUGCCUGUGAUAGCCAAGACCCCACCCCAGAGGCGCCUGGCGGCCACAAUGGCCAAAACCCCACUACAGACAUGUCCAGCAGCCACAAUAACCAAGACCCCACCUCAGACGCCCCCAGGGGCCUCAAUGACCAAGACCCCUCCCCAGGCGCGUCUCACAGCCAUGAUCACCAAGACCCCAGCCCAAUUACGCUCGGUGGCCACAAUCUUCAGGACCCUGUGCCUGCUCCCUCCCGCAGCUGGAAAUCUGAAAGCUUCACCUCCAGAAGCCAUGGCAGCUGGGAUUCCCAAUACCUUGUCCCACAUACGUCUGAACAAACCAAAGACCAAGGCUGUGGUGACCGUGCAGCAGACAGCAGGCGUGGUCAAAGUCUCGUCCCGUUCACAUUUGACUGAGAGAAAGGUGAAAUACUGCCCCCCACCACAUCUAGGGGCUGGGGCUCCAAAGUCUCCAGCCAGACCUCUUUUGGAAGCCGAGAAAAUCAAGGCCUUCUCCCAGAAACAGGUGAAAACAGCAACCAAGUCGAAUACCAGUGUGGCCAUGGAAGUAGUGGCUGAGGACAGGAACAAAGUCUCACCACAGGCACGCCUGAGGACAGAUGUCGUGAAUGUUCAGACCCAGGUGUAUGUGCCUAUAGAAACAGCUGUGGUUUUACCCCAGGCACAGUUGGGCACCUGUCCGACCAAGGCUUUGCCCCAAGCACAACUGGCCACCUGUUCAACCACAACAUCACCCCAGGGACAUCUGCUUGCGGAGCUGACUGCAACCCUGCCCCAGGCACAUCUGGGUACGUGUCUGUCCAAGGCCCCACCCCAGGCACAUCCACCUGCCAAGCCGACCACGGCCCCAUCCGUGGCAUAUCCGGGCACGUGUCUGACCAAGACACAGUCCCAGGCACAUUUGGCCACAGGAGUGAUAAAGGUCCAGUCUCAAGCAUACCUCCCCACCGGGCUGACCAAGGCACAGUCCCAAGACCAGCUUGUCACAGAGACAGCCAAGUGCCUCUACCCUGCCCACCAGGCUGCUGAGCUCAGCAGCAAGACCAAGUCCCAGCCACUCCUGACUGGUUUUAAGGCCUCCACUCAGCCCUACCAGCACGUUGACUCCCUUGGCACUUUGUCCCAAGCCAAGACAGAAGACAGACUGACCCAGCCUCCAGCCCACAGCUACAUUCAGGGCAAAGCCACCCAGGGCCCAUGCCAGGGUCCCUCCAAGACCCAGAGUAUGCUGGUGCCUCUGCUGGCAUCCUCUGGACACCCCACAUGUAAUGUUGAAUCCUGGGGCGACAGUGGGGCCGCCCGGGCCCAGCCAUCGACCCCCAGCUCAGCCGCACCCAGCCAGGAGGAGCUGGCAGCCUCCCAGCUGGCCUCCCUGUGUGCAGAGCUAGCCACUGUGCUGGGUUCUCAGGAGGACCUCCGCACCCUGCUGGUGAAAGCCCUCUCCCAGGGGGAAGUGAGGGCAGCACUGAACCAGGCCCUGUCUAAGGAGAUCCUGGGUGCCACGAUAGCCAAGGCCCUGCCCCAGGGCAUGUUGGGCACAGCGCUGAUGAAGGCGCUGUCCUGGGGUGAGCUGGGUGCUGCCCUGUCCCGAGUCCUUUCCCAGGGUGAGCUGCGGGCAGAACUCACUAAGGCCAUGCAGGGAAAACUGGUAGAUGUGCUGAGCAGAGCCCUGACAGAGGAGGAGCGGGCUGCCCUGAACCAGGCCCUGUGUCAGGGUGAGCUGGGUGCCGUCCUGAGCCAGUCCUUGUCUCAGGCAGCCCUCAAGACUGGACUUGUCCUCCCUAAGGCCGCUGCUUCAAAAACGGCGGGGAGGGGGAUGAUGGUGACGCCAGCCCCGGUGGAGGUGGACUACAGGGGGAGACACUCAACUGCAUGGGGGCCCACCCCGGGCCCUGUGAGACCACAGCUCAGCAAGGGCCCUGGGAACACUGGCGUGGCUGGUGGACAAACACGGAAUGCUGCUGUCCCCAGUGUUGUGAUCAGCUCCAUGAACAGGGCUGUGGCCCCCGGUGGUGUAUGGGAACCAGCCAGGUGUGCUGUGCCAUGGGAUGCUGUGGGCAGUGAGGCGGCGGUGGAUCCCAGACGGUCAGGGAAGCUGGUAGCGUCGGUGCAGGCUGUGGAAAAGAUAAUCGUGCAAGCUGUAGUCACUAUCCAAGCGUGUGCACGUAGCUAUCUGGUGCGCCGUACCAUCAAGUUGUGGCACCGGUGGGCCAUCAUCAUCCAGGCUGCCUGGCGUGGCUAUCGUGUACGGCGGAACCUCACCCAGCUCUGCAGAGCUGCCACCAUCAUCCAAGCCAUGUGGCGAGGCUACUACAUCCGAAGGAGCUGCGCCCAGCAAACGCUGCUCUGGGGCACAUGGGCUGAGGUGGGCAGCAGGGCCAAGUCGACCUCCAAGCACCGCUGCUUCCAGUCCUGCCAGCCACAUGUCUGUGCCUUCUGCCAGUCAUUGAGUACUGGGCUGGGGAAUUUCCCCACUGUGGUGAUGCUCGUGGCCUCCAGCCCCCGCACAUGCCACAUAUGUGGUCAUACCCUGCCCACACAGGUGGUGCAGGGCAUAGGCCAGGGCACCACGGGCCAGGCAGGCAAGCCAAGGGGCUAUGACACCCAGCUGACCCACCGGAGUACUCAGAAGCUACAUUGCCAGGACAAGGCCGCUGCAGUCAUCCAGUCUGCCUGGAGGGGCUUUGUUGUACGUCGCCAGCUGAGGCAGCAGCAGGCAGCAGCCAAGAAGCUUCAAGCCACCUGGCGUGGCCACUACACCCGGUCCUCCCUCACUACAGAUGCGCUCUUAGGGCCAGCGGUGUGGGAAAACCCACAGAACAUGCAGUGGUCAGGAGUCUAGGACUUUGGCUGCCCGGUGCGGGGACACCAGGGGAAGUGCCAUGUGGCUCUCUAGGUCUAAUGAAUAAAGCCUUCCACAGCCUA